UAGGGUUUGACAAAAAAUAGUGGUGAUAUUAUCCAAUGACGGGUAGUGUGCUGAUUUAUUAUGAAUGAAUUAAGCUUUUUUCUUAUGACAUGGUGUUUGGACGUUAUUUACUAUUGCUUUUCAUAGAUUUUCAUAAAUAAGAGUAGAAUGAUUCGAUAUGAUCGGUUAUCCGAAAAGCAAGAUGGAGUUUCGUGAAUGCGGAUAUUAUUUGAAGCACAGAAGCAAUGCAAUUGCGUGGUUUUCCGACGAAUGAAAACAAAUGGUCACCAGAAUUUGUCAAAAUGCAUCACAAACUUGUCGCACGUUCGUGCCAACAGCCUCCAAGAACUGAUUUACAAGAACGGGCAGGCAGGAAUCGAGAAGGCAACCGUGUCGAUAGUGUUUGAUAAUGGCGAUAAGUCUCAAAGUCCUGUAGGAUACGAUGCGUGCCGCGAAAUCACAAUCACCCGACAGGUUUACAAGCAACAAGGCAAAAACAGAUACCUAAUAAAUGGAACUGUUGUUCCAACAAACAAAGUCAAGGAUCUCUUCGGAUCAGUGUCUCUUAAUGUGAACAACCCACAUUUCCUUAUCAUGCAAGGCCGUGUGACGAAAGUAUUGAAUAUGAAACCGCCCGAGAUACUCGCUAUGUUAGAGGAAGCCACGGGUACUCGAAUGUACGAAGACAAGAAGCGUGAAACACAGAAAACCAUUGAGAAGAAGGAUAGCAAAUUGGCACAAAUUAACCAGAUUCUCCAGGAAGAUUUGGAGCCACAAAUGAAAAAAUUGACGGAACAACGUCAAGCUUUUGCCCGCUAUAAUACAAUCUGCCGACAACUGGAGCAGUUGCAGAAGAUUCACUUGGCAUGGCAAUUUGUCUGUGCUGAAGAGGCUGAGCGACAAAAAAUGACCGAGCUCGAGGCCUUAGAAAAGGUCUUAGAAGAUAACGUGACUAGAAUGGAGGAACUAAAAAAUUUCAUUCGACAACUUCAAGAAGAAGUCAAAGAGCUUGAGAUGAAAAAAAAUGCACAGUGUGGUGACAAACUCACGAGGUUGGAAAAAUGUUUGAAGGACAGUGAGCUUGAUUUGGCGAAGAGUGAAUCUGACCUAAAGCACAUUAAAGAUCAGAUUCGGGGCGAGCAAAAAUCGCGUGCUGAGGUCAAAAAAAACUUUCAAGAAGCUGAGACACAAAUUAAGCGAAAACAGGAUGACAUAGAAAAAAUUAACGCUUUCUCAGGGAAUUUACUUGAAGACAAGAAUCGUGCAGACAAAGCUUUGGAGCUUGCUAAAAAAAACCUAGAGGCUCUUGCCAUGGGUAUGACCGUGAACGAGGAAGGAGUGGCAGCGACUCUUACAGAACAAUUGCGACAAGCGGAGGUAGAAUUAGCCGAUUUCACUGACAAAUUACAGCAGGCCAAGCGUGCUAUAGCGCACAUCGAACCCUUCCUCAAAAUGAAAACAAAACAGUUUGGCGAAACUGAAAACCUUCUCAAAAAGGACAACGCCGAAAUCAAGAGUCAUGAGGAUGCCGUCACCUACCUUCAACAGCAGAUUCAAGCGCUCAAUUACGAUGCGCAACAUAUGGAGGAGCUUGAUGUACAGAAGUAUGAGCUAGCUCGCAAAGUUCGUCAACUGAAGGCUGAGGUGGAUAACUUUGAUGCCCGCAAUCCGCACCUUACGUUUAGCUACCAUGAUCCCUACCCCAGCUUCGAUCGAUCUAAGGUUAUAGGACCAGUCUGCCAGCUUUUUCGGCUGAAAGAUCAAAAAUGGGCACGCGCGAUCGAGGCCGCAGCCGGCGGCAAACUGUUCCAAGUAAUUGUCGAUACAGACGAGACCGCUAAGGAGCUUCUGAAGCAUGGUCGACUCCAGCGACGCGUAACAAUAAUUCCGUUGAACAAAAUUCGAGGCUCAAACGUCGGCAAAGAUCGACUUCUGGCUGCUCAGAAAAUUGCCGGGAAGGACAACGUGUUUAAUGCACUUGAUCUCGUUACGUUCGACGGAAAGCUUGAAGAGACGAUGAAAUACGUGUUUGGUCGAACUUUGAUUGCCUCUUCGCUCGACAUCGCUGAGCGAAUAGCCUACGAUCAUUCGGUGAAUACCAAAACUGUCUCGAUCUGCGGGUCGACUUGUGAUCCUAGUGGAAUGUUAAGUGGAGGAUCGUCGGCACCGGGUCCCAGUGCUCUUGAGAAACUCGAAGAACGUCGUGGAAAUGCCGUUGAACUGGAAAGUAUCGAGCGGCGGUACUGCGCUGUCAUAGAUGAGUUACGCAAAGGAGAGGCCCGCACGGAACGAUACAACAAGCUUAAUCAGGUACUGAUGAUGCGACGCUCAGAAUGGGGACAAUGUAAAGCCCGACUUGCGAACAGCUUCCAUGCUCAACUGAAAGAAGAAGUUGAAUCAAUGCAGGCUGAACUUGGCAAACAUCGGAAGACCUUUGAGGAAAUGGGUGCGCGCAAAACCAAGGUUGACGCAAAAAUUAAAGAACUCAAGGAACACAUGAAAGAUGCCAAGGGUCAGCAAGAGAAAGCUAUUCAGGAGGCAAAAGCCAAAAUUGACAAUUGUGCUAAAGCUGUAAAGGCAGCAGCUCAAAAAUGUGGAACAGAAGAAGCGAAACUGAGAGAACUGCAAGGAGAUAUUGAUCUUCUCACUAAAGAGAUUGAGGAAGCGCAGCAGAGAUCAGCUCUCUGUGACGAGGCCCUAAAUAAACUAGCAGAACAGUUAAAAGUUUCGGAGGAUGUUAAGGCUUCCAAGGUCGAAACGAAAGGACAAGCUGCGAAAAGACUCAAUGAACAUAAAGAGUUUCUCAAGCAGCAGACAACGGCGAUUGGUAGCCGCUACAAAGAAAUUGAGCGCAAACAAAAGGAGUCGGAUGAAUUGAAGCUCAGCAAUCAACAGACUGAACACGACGUUAAAAAGAAACGCAAGGAGGCCUUGGACGCGGCGGCCGAUGUCAAGGCAAUGUUGACCGAUCACCCGUGGAUACGUAGGGAUCGCGAACACUUCGGUAAACCGAGUGGCGAUUUCGAUUUUGCACGAAAUGAGCCACGUGAGAUCAGCCAGAAGGUUAAGGAACUCUCUGGACAAAAGGAGAAAUUGUCGAAGACGGUUAAUACACGUGCUCACACACAGGCGGAUCAGAUUGAGAUGCAAUACAAAGAUCUAAUGAAGAAACGCGCCCAAGUUAUGAAAGAUAAAGAUAGUAUCUUACAAACCAUGCAGGAGUUAGAUAAACGAAAAGAAGAAACUAUUAAGGCAGCCUACAAGAAAGUGAACAAAGAUUUUGGUGAUAUUUUUAGUAAUCUUCUAAAGGGAGCUAGUGCUAAACUUCAACCACCGGAUGGACGCAGUCUUCUCGAUGGGCUAGAGGUUAAGGUGUCAUUUGGCGGGGUCUGGAAGGAAUCACUCACGGAGUUAAGCGGCGGUCAGCGAUCUCUCGUAGCUCUGUCGCUUAUUCUAUCGAUGUUGCUUUUUAAACCGGCGCCAAUCUACAUCCUUGAUGAGGUGGACGCCGCCCUUGACCUUGCGCAUACUCAAAAUAUUGGGUUAAUGAUCAAAAAUCAUUUCAAGGGGUCUCAGUUUGUCAUCGUAUCGCUAAAGGAUGGCCUAUUUAGUAACGCAAACGUUCUGUUUAGGACUAGAUUCGUCGAUGGUAAGAGUACUAUUGAAAGGUUCACUGCUAAACAGCACUGACGCUCCUGAUGUAUGAAAAGGUUUUGCCGGGUAACUCAUGAUAAGAGAACAACACAUGACGACGACGAUGUGUGAAA